UUUACCCUUUCCCUUAUUUCCUACAUUUUAAUCUAAGUGUAUGUAUAUAUGUAUAUUUAUAUAUGUAUGUAUGUAUGUAUAAAUAAUAAAAUUUGGUAGUAUGUCUGAUUGGUUUUACUGCUUUAUUUUAUGAUCCUUUUCGUAACUUACAGCUUAUUUUAAUCGUAUGUGCAAUAUAAAAGGUACAUUUUUUUUCCAAAACUUUAGAAUUUUCUUGUACAUUGGUUUUUCAUUACGGAUAGACCCGGUUAUAUUCAUGUAAGGAGAUGCUGUUUCGAUUGAUGCCCGUAAACUCAUCUUCCUUAAACCCACUAAUCUGAUGCACUAGUCAUCAAAAAUUUUUGAUCUAAGAUUACCCAUUCAAUUUACUAAGCUGUAAUACGUUACAUUGCAUUUUUGUUUUCGUUCGACAACAAGCUCCUAAAAGGCAGGUUUUUAGAAGACUUAUCGUUUACUCCAUUCCCUUCUCUUUCUGGUGUUCGGUAUAGCUAAGCACACAUUUGUAGCAUUUUUUUCUAUUUUUUAUUUUUUUAUUACAAUUCAAAAUGGUUAAAAGAGAAAUUCUUGAGGAAAUAAAGCAGGUCUCUGCAAAUAUUUUCCAAACGAAUUAUAAGUCAAAUAACUCUCGGACAGGAAAUAAAUUUCUUCAAAGAAAAUUACAAGGUCCUCGUCUAGCAAGCUAUUAUCCUACAAAGGUUCCUUUCUCGAGGAUGAGAGAGAUUACUGGAUUGCCUAUACCAAACAGUGAACACAGCCUGAGAAUGGAAAUUCUUGAAGAAAAAACGCGCAAAGGCAAGGGACCAGUCAAGCGUGGAAGUAAAUAAUUGCGUUCUCCUCAGUCUUUCGCCGAUUGAAGAAAAGCUGACAUGUUACUCUUUCUUCCCUUUAGCAUGUUAAAAUACUUCUACCAAUGAUUUAAUUUUUCUUAUCUAAUGGUUCUUGAAUAAAGUCAAAUCUAUCAUCCGGCUUUAAUGAAUAUAUGCCUAGCUUCUAGAUUACCCAAAUGUUCAAUGUAUGUAAGCGUGAAGGCUCAAGGUAUGAUGUGUUCGUAUUAUCAAGAGCUUUAUUUACUUUCGAAAAAUAGGUUCCAUAACUUUUUUGUUGAGACGCGUGGAUGAGGAAGCAUUGCAUAUUGAAUAUUGUACAAUUGCUCAGCUGGGAUGGGCGGAAUAGGACAACCAACCAAUAAACUGACUAAACUUUUUUUCGAAAGGUAGUGUGAAAUAAGUCUUCUAGCUAAUUUUCGGUAGUGGUCAAACAUAGACCCAAAAGACAUGGGUUUGGAUUUACAGAACAGAUAUAACGUAGGCAUAGUGUUUUCUUUCGAAGAUUCCGAGUUUACAAUUUCUAAACUCAGUCCACUAGGAAUUCGGUAUGGAUCUUUGAUUCGAAGCAUUGUAACAAACAAGGGAAAGUGAUUUAAGAAAGCAAGUAUCGUUUCAAAUAUUGCCAAGCAUGUCAUGACUGUAAUGCGAGUUACAGCAAAUGCAAGGUAGAAAACGUAUAUUGUAGGUAAGAAAAAUAUGAGUACCGUAAACAAAAUUGUCCCCAAAAGCAGUUGAUCUAAAUCGUACUCAUAGGAAUCAAUUCUAUUUCGUAA